GUUUCCAAAAUUAGUGGAACAUCUACUGAUAGAGAAGAUGAAGAUGGCUCCAUAGAUGAUUUUUCCGAAAGUGAAUCAAUGAUACAAGAUUCAAACAUUGAGAGUGAUGAAUCUGGUAGGUCUUUGCAAAAUGAGUUUAUCAAGCAUUCAAAAGGAAAAGAAGUUUCUCUAGAUGGAUCUAAGGAUGUUAGUAACAUACAUGAACUGCCCGAAUCUCAUAAUGCUGGGAACAGGAAGAGAUUGGUUCUGAAAUUGCCAGCUCGGCAUUCAAAUAAAUCCAGGACACAAGAGAACAUGAUACACAGCAAAGGUGAGGAGGUGGAGAAAUUAGCAAGAUCAGGUUCUCUGGAAGCAAACAAAAGAGGUGUAAAGUUUACAAGCUAUUUUGAUCCAGGAUGUUCUUCUCGAGACAUGAAUCCCAGCAUAAAGAGUAAAGGAGCUAGAGAGUCAUCACAUAAGAUUGAAGAUCAUUUGGGUCUGCUGGAUGCAUACUUUGAUGGGAUAGUAAAAUGGGGAGGGGCCAAGGCUCGUUCUUCCAAAUGUCUUCGAUCAGGAGAAGCUGUGUCCUCGGAUACACAUAGUGGUUUUAGGGAAUGUCUUGAUGAUCCUAAUGAAAACAAAAAUAAUGUUGGCAGUUGCAUAAUAACCGAAAAGGCUAGAGAUACUAUACCUCCUUGUUUAGAAAUUGAAACUAACACAGAUAAUAAGAUGGGUGAAGCAACAACCAACACAAGGUAUCAUGAGGAUGAUUUAUCACGAGUUUUGGAUGGCUUUGCUAAUGGUGAAGUGCAGUCAAUUUUCAGUGAAUACAAGGACAAUCAAGAUUCCCUAAAAUGGGUUAACGUAUCUGCUGAGGAUGCACCUGCAGCAGCAACACACCAUCAAAAUGGCAUUGAUCAGCCUCCCGAGCUAAAAGAAUGUAAUACUCCUGUUUCAAUGAAGUUGAGGAUAACAUCUAAAUGCCUUUCAAUGGAUCCUGAAAUUUCCGAGCUGAAAAUAAAAUGCUCACAAGAGAAUCAUAUCGAUUAUGGGUGUGAUUCAUUACACCAUAGUUCCUCAGAGGUGAAAGAAAAUUUGAUUUCAGAAGCACCCAAGUUUGAUGAAGCCAAUGGGAUUGGUUCAGAUCAUAGAGGUCAUAGAUUGCAAGAUCUUGAUGCUCAAGUUAAUGAGAGUCCAGUAUCCACAUUGAAUGUUGCAGAGCAGUCACAUAUACAAUCAAAAAAGAUGUAUAAUGUUGUUUAUAGAAGAUCAAAGUCACAUAGGGAUAAGACUAAUUCAGAACAUGGAGGCGGUAUGGGAGAAAGUACCCAAAACGAACGCAACCUGGGGAUGGCUACAGCAGCAGAGAUCCAUGAAGACACAGCUGAUGGGGAUCGUAGAACACGGUCCAGUAAGUUUAAAUCAGCAAGUGCACUUCAAUCAGAAGAGAAGUGUAGAAGUGCCCCGAAUGGUUCCUUAAAUGGAAAUCAACUUCCAAGUGAGAAAUGGGAAUCAAAUUCAAGGAUGACGGUUGGAAUGAGGUCUACCAGAAAUAGAAGUAGUAAUUACUCUUUAAGUGACACUAGUCCAAUGAAGAAGUCUCAUCAAUCAGAUAGAAAAGGAUCUUGGUUGAUUUUGACAAUGCAUGAGGAGGACUUUCGCUAUAUUCCUCAACAAGGAGAUGAAAUUGUGUAUUUGAGACAGGGGCAUGAAGAGUAUUUCAGUCAUACUCACCUGAAAGACCCUUGGACUACUACACUGAAGGGAAAAGUGGUAAGGGCAGUAGAAUUUUGUAAAGUUGAAGAGCUUAAAAAUUCUACAUUUCCCGGGUCAGGGGAGAGCUGCUGCAAAUUGAUACUCAAAUUUACAGAUCCUACUUCCAAUGUGUUUGGUAAAUUAUUUACAUUGACUCUGCCUGAAUUGACUAGUUGCCCAGACUUUCUUGUGGAAAGAACUCGCUAUGAUGCUGCUAUUUCUAGAAAUUGGAGCAUUCGGGAUAAAUGUAAAGUCUGGUGGAAAAAUGAGGGUGGCAAUGAUGGCAGUUGGUGGGAUGGCCGGGUGGUUUCUGCCAAGCCUAAAUCUUCUGAAUUUCCUGAUAGUCCAUGGGAAAGGUAUGCCAUUCUGUACCGGGGUGAAUCUAGGGAUGCACUUCAUCACAGUCCUUGGGAGCUUUUUGAUGCAGAUACCCAAUGGGAGCAACCUCAAAUUGAUAGUAAGAGUAGAAAUAAGCUACUGUCAGAGUUGGCCAAAUUGGGACAAUCAGGGCGCCAAGCUCAGGAUAAAUAUGGAGUUAAUAAAUUGAAUCAAGUCUCCCAGAAAUGUAGUUUUACAAACAGGUUCCCAGUACCGUUAUCCCCUGAUAUCAUAGAGUCUAGGUUAGAGAACAACUACUAUCGAAGUUUGGAAGCAUUCAAGCAUGAUUUUCAGGUCAUGCUAGAGAAUGCAACAAGUUAUUUCAAGAGUGCAGAGCUCUCAAGAAAAGUAGGAAACCUAUCAGAGUGGUUUAGGCAGACGCUAUCAUCUUUGGAGCCCUCAUAGAGAUUGACACAGCAAUUAUUGGGGGACCAACCUACAGAGUGCUUUGUCUCAAAUUUCUUUUGUAUAUAAUUUUUUCUAUAAUUUUUUAUUGCCCUGAGGUCCAGUUUUGGGAGGUGAUUAUACUCCGGAUUCUUUUGAGCUUGGGGAUUAAGUUCUCAGGGGAAAUCAGUUCCACUGGAAAGUUCAUUCUUGUAAGAUGAACAAUUGUCCUUCUUUUUUUUUUUUGGGUAAAUAAGAUAAACAAUUGUCA